AUGAGUACGUUCAUACCCAGACAGGUAUGUUCAUACCCACAUGAGUACGUUCAUACCUACACAGGUAUGUUCAUACCCACAUGAGUACGUUCAUACCCAAGUGUACAAUAUUGCUUACAGAACACGCGUUCUUCUUUUUUUCAUUUCAUUCGUACCGGUACGUUCCGUUAGUACGAUACGUACGAUAGGGCUGACGGACAAAAUAAUGACGCCCACAACGACCUCGUAUGUAUCAUACCGUACUAUGUAUCGUAUCCACAAUACAUGCUGUCUGUUACCGGUUUUAGCUUACAAGUGGACGGUCGGACGGUGGACCGUAAGUCUGGUACGAACUCGAACGAGUGAAGACUGCACGUUUCGGAACGACAAUGCGCAUGCGGUGCGUGCGAUACAGCAAUUUACGUACGGUAGCAUACCAUACGUUAUGUGCCGUAAGCAACAAUACCGUUGCGAUUGAUGCUUUUUGAUGGCACGAAACCUCCGAUGGUUUGUUGUUAGUUGCUGGACUGUCGAUCAACAGACUAGUACAAUCAACAAUCAAACCAAACUAGCGACACGSAGCACUUUUUGCAUCUGAUUUCUUCGUUCGUGCUACCUACAACAGCAGAGAGAGAAGAGUCGGGGGAAGGAACACAACACAACGCAACACUCCAACGAAUUGAUUCCGAUCGACUAUCACGAGUAGCGGCGGUCGAAGAAAAAAACUAAAAGGAUUCGAUUUUUGAUUGGAGUCGAUUUGGUUCGAUUUCGAUUUUGAUUUCGAAUUCGAUUCGAACUCUUUGUUGCACARAUUGCACAGACACCCGCAAUCCAACCGAAACCCGUCUCGGUUUUGGUCUGUCGUUAAAGCCGCCUGACUCUACGACCCACCCAUUGACUACGAUGAGGUCCGACGGCAACAGCCGCUGCUCCCCUUCCACAAAGCCUYCGGGCCUCCUCCGGUGGGYGGUCCUCGCCUUCGCGGCGGCCUCCGCCGGCGCCUUUGCCCCCGCUCCAAGGGCGCGGUCUCCUGCKUUGUCGUCCCCGGCUUCCUCGGACACGGCGCUCCACCUGCGGGUGGCCUACCAGGGCGAGCCGGGGGCCUACUCGGAAAAGUCCACCCGGGAGCUCCUGGGGGACAACGUCGUGGCCAUCGGAAAGCCGAACUUCGAGGCCUGCUUCCGGGCGGUCGCCUCCAUGGAGGUCGACUACUGCUGCCUCCCCAUCGAAAACUCCCUGGGGGGGUCCAUCCACGAGAACUACGACCUCAUGCUCCGGUACGACCUCACCAUCUGCGCCGAGCACGAGUUCCGCGUCCAGCACUGCGUCCUGGCCAAGGAGGGGGUCCGMCUCCCCGAGGGCAAGCACGACCAWGGCGGCGACCAGGGCGGGSCGGUGGCCAGGUACGCCAUCAGCCACCCCCAGGCCCUGGCGCAGUGCGACAACUACCUCCGGAGCCUGGGCAUCACCCCCAUUCCCACCUACGACACGGCCGGGAGCGCCAAGAUGAUCCGGGACAACGACCUGCCGGACCGGUGCACCCCGGACAACACCAUCGCCAUCGCCUCCGACCUGGCCGGGGCCACCUACGGGAUGAACUGCCUCGCCAAGAGCGUCGAGGACGACGACUCCAACUUUACCCGCUUUCUCCUCCUGGGCCGCAAGGGCGUCCUGGAGCACCUGGGCAAGGACGUCCCGUCCAAGACCUCGGUCGUCUUUACCCUUCCCAACACGGCCGGGGCCCUGUACAAGGCCCUGGCCUGCUUCUCGCUCCGGGACAUUGACUUUUCCAAGAUCGAGUCCCGGCCGACCUCCGCGGCCCUCCUCAACUACCUCAAGUUCCGAAAGAGCCAGCAGACCUCCUACGGCGGCGAACACGACGACUCCGACCUCCCCCGCUUCCGGUACUGCUUCUACCUSGAUUUCCUGGACGGACAGCUCUCGAGCAACAGCGAGAACGCCCUGGCCAACCUGCGGGAGUUCACCGACUUUGUCCGGAUCCUCGGGUCCUACCCCCGCCAGUCGCGGCUGGUCGGGCCCGUCUCGGUCGCCGCCGAGGAAAUCAAGAUCCAGCGGCUGGCGGACGAGACGGAGGCCCCCCUCUUGCUCCCGGCCGGGAGCGAACCACCCCUCGGCCAAAGCGGAAGCACCCAAGACUCCCUGAGCAUCGGCCUGGUGGGAUUCGGAUCCUUCGGCCAGGUGCUGGCGGCGCGGAUGAUCGAGGACCACCACACGGUCUCCUGCCUGGACACCAACGACAAGGUACGACGACAACAGGCGAGAUCAGAUGAGAUGAGAUGAGAUGAGAUGAGAUGAGAUGGAUGAUCCUGCUGCUGCUGCUGCCCGUUUUUUUUUCCUGGCGACAGCAAACGGAGUUUGUCCGUCACCGUGGUGUGCAUCGCAUUCGUUUGGAAAGCACGUCGAAAACCACCACUAACGCAUUGCGCAAUUUUUGUCUCUUUUGUCUAUUUUUCACGCUCUGCCACCCUUUGUCGCUCGCAAUUGCAUUGCAUCGAUGCACGAAACAAUUGCGUACGAAACGAAACGAACCAAAACAAAACAAAUGCGUACAAAACCAAAAUCAAAACAAUGCACAGUCGGCGGAGGCCGMAAAACUCGGGGUGAGCUUCCACUACGACGCCAGCAGCUUCUUCCGGGGCCUGGACGUCGUGGUCCUCUCGGUCCCCCUCAUACGGCUGCAGGAGGCGGUGGACUCGCUUCCGAUCCACGAGCUCAAGGGAAAGCUGGUGGUGGACGUCGGYCCGCUCAACGACGCGCCAAAGUCCAUCCUCCUGGACGCCUUUGCCAGCUACCCCGACAUCGACGUCCUGCUGACGAAUCCGAUCCUCGGGAUGCUUCCGCGGGAGGAAGACCAGCCCUCCAGCGGGAAAAGGCCGUCUUCCGAGGCCGGGGUGACGGUCAUGACGCCGAAGCACCACAACAACCCGCUGAUGGGGGGGCCCACCGGGAGCAUCUGGGAGGGCCGGCAGAUGGUCGUCGAGCGGGCCCGGGUGGCCAACGUCCCCCGCUGCGACCGGUACCUCUCGAUCUUCGAGCGGGCACGCUGCGAGGUGGUGGAGGAAACCUCCARKGAGCACGACUCGGCCAUCGGAGACGCCCAGUUCGUGACGCACCUGAUCGGSCGGCUGCUCUCCAGGGACCACCUCCUCACGCCGACGCCGAUCAUGUCGGAGGAGUACAAGGACCUUUCCAAGAUCGCCGAGAUGGCGGCCGCCGGGUCCUUCGAUCGGUUCUACGGGAUGUACAAGUACAACCACAAGACCGCCACCAACCACAUCCGCAAGCUCCGGGAGAACCUGGCGGCCCUGGAGUGCGAGCUGGCGGCACGGGGGGCCUACCUGGACGCCAAGGAGGAGCUGGCCAGGGGCGACCGGCAAAAACUCCUGUCGGARACGAGGCUCCUGCUGCAGGAACUCGCCAAGACCGAGGCCUUUGACGAAAGCCCGGCCGCAAGCACGGCAAGCAGCGAAAGUGAAAGCGACGUGUACGAAGCGAUUACCGACGGGUACGAAGCGAUUACCGACGAGAUCGACGACGAGGGGGAACCCUUGUUCGUUCUGAAGUAGAGCAAUGGAAACCGAUCGCACAAGGAUGUGUGCACCGCAUUCGAAAGGAGCACUCGUACGGUACGUGUUCCGGGACGAAAUCCACCAAAAGAACCCGGUGGACGUGCCCCGAUCGCCCACCGGGUUGGGCCGGGGUCGGGAGAUCUCGAAUGGAAAGCCUAAUAAUUAAUACUACUAUAU